AUGGAUGCCGCAUGGGCCGCAGAACAUGCUUGCAGAAUCUCACAAUUCGCCGUCACUUGUAGUGAUAUCUUGUCGUGUGUGCGCGCUUCAAAGCUUGAGAAGUUGCAGCCUGUUUUGGACGAACGUCCCAACAACCUAAUGGAAACUCUGCUCCAGCACACCAGACAAGUGCGAUUCACACCUUCCGAUGGUACAGGCACUUUGUCCAGAGAAGAUGAAAUUCUUUUGAGACUUGCAGGUUACUGCCAAGAAUAUUCCUCUCAAUUGAUAGAGGCUUUACAAGAUUGGGAUACAGAACCCAAGAAUUUACAUGCACCUGAGGUAGCCGAGCCACCACACCACCACGACUUGACAAAUCUUCUUGAAACCAUACGGAAACUCCUGAAUGGAGACCUUGCCACAUUGCAGUGGUCAUCAGUAUGCCAGAAUGUUCGCGAGCUGGGUGCCAAAAAUAGUCGCCUUGGAGCGAAUAGGACAGUGGAAAUACAGCAACUGGCCGCAGAAGUUGACACCAGCUUCCAAGCAAUCACGUCUAAACAGUUCGAUGAUGUGACGUUACUCAGAUCCUGGAAGCAAGUUCACGCGGCUACACAAAGAGUUACAGACCUGUCUGUAGAGAAGACUGUUCUAACAAUGCUUCAAUUCUGGACAAUGGACCGUCGCAAGGAGUUGAUUGCCAAGGAACAUGACGACACCUUCGAAUGGGUGCUAGCACCAACUGAUCCCAACCAAUCCAAACAAAGUUCUUCAAACUUCUCUGAGUGGUUGGAAAUUGAUGAACCCUUGUACUGGAUAUCUGGCAAGCCGGGAUCUGGGAAAUCCACAUUGAUGAAGUUCCUCGCGGAAAAUCCCAAGACUAUACAGGCUUUGAAGCGGUGGGCAAAGGACGACACCCUCAUUACCGCCGUCUUCUACUUUUGGAGCUCGGCGAAAGAUCCACUGCAGAAAUCCGACACGGGUCUCCUUCGUUCUAUUCUUUUCCAAAUCCUCCGACAGUGUCCCGAUCUUGUUCAAUACGCAUACCCGGCACAGUGGCGAGAACGACACCAUUCACAUGGUUCCCUCCAGCAACUUGUUCGCAGCGAGCAGAACACAUCAGACCUUCUAGCUGCUUUCACCCGUGUAUCAGAUGCGUUAUCAAGUGUAAAUGCAAAAUUCUGCUUCUUUAUUGACGGCCUGGAUGAGUAUGACGGCGAGCCAACCGACGUGAUACGCCUGGUUGAGGCACUUAAUAAAUCCGUCAAGCUCAAAACAUGUGUUUCAAGCCGGCAAUGGGCUGAUUUUGAGAAGACUUUUGGGACAGACAACCCAUGGAAACUGUACAUUCACGAAAUGACAGAGAAUGACAUGGUUCGGUAUGUUAAAGAUCUUUUUGGCAAGGACCCUAAAUUCCGCCAAAUGCGAGAUGCCGCCGAUACGGAAAUUACCCACAGCCUAGUCAAGGCUAUAGUUGAGAAUGCGGAAGGCGUGUUUCUUUGGUCAUUCUUGGUUGUGAAGGAUCUUCUAGAUGGGCUUUCUGAGACAGACACCAUCCACGCACUCCAGCAGCGGCUGGGAACAAUACCAACGGAUCUGGAUGGCUACUUCAAAAAACUGUUCCAGGACACGCAACCUCAUAUGCGAGGCUCAACUGCAAAAGUGUUUGAACUAACGCUAAAUGCAGUAGACAAACUUCCUUUGAUGUGUUAUUGGUUCAUUCAGCAGCAUGGUCUCGAGGACGUUCAGAAGAUGAAGCUUGGCUCGAUGGAGAGACGAGUGGCUAGCCAGAACCUCAGAGAAAUGGAGAAGAUGCUGAAUAUUUACUCUCAGGGCUUGUUAAGUGUCAAUAUCUCAACAUAUGCGAUUGAGUCCACGGCAGAAUUGGAGGACAACAGCUGGCUUUUCGAGUUCAGAGUCGACUUCAUCCACCGAACUGUGGCCGACUUCAUGCAGACUGCCGACAUGAAGAAACUACUGAAGAAAUGGAUACCGCAGUCUUUCAAUGUCGAUGUCGAAAUUUGCAAGGCCGGUUUAGCAACAAUAAAAGCCACGCCAUCGACGAGAGACAUGUUCCAAGACGCGCAUCGGGCACUCUCAAUUCUCAACCUAUUCAUGUGUCAUGCGAAGAUGGUAUUGGGAGAUUUGCAAACUCAGUUGGUGGAUAACCUUCUGGCCGCAUUGAGACUACAUACUGAGAGUGUCACUGAGAUCCCGAUGAUGAUUCUUGGCGCGGGCAAUUUCUGGGCGUGUCAGUGCAGCUUCAACUUCGCACUUUUAUAUCACUGCGUCUCGUACGGGUUGACGGAGUACGUUGCACUGCAGUUGGAUAAGGAAAGAAUGGAAUUUGCGGAACCGCAGUCCGGUCUACUAUAUGGCUGUUUCUCAUGGGAUUCGCGCGUGAGGAUGGAGAGAUUUGCACUGCCCGUCGAUACAGUCGAAAUGCUACUGGCUCGUGGCUUUGAUCCCAAUCUACCCUGGGGAGAUCGAGGUUUUUCAUUCUGGCAACAGCUUUUAACAUCGACAUACAGCAGACACUUGAAGGGAAUUGCCACCCAAGGCGAUUUCGAUGCAAUCAAGCGUGCCGUUGAACACGGUGCUGAUAUGGAAAGUAAGGUUGAGGUCUUUGCCGCUCGUCGCAUGGGUGAAACGAAGGCGCAUGAGAUUGUUGAAAGGGUUGUGCCGAUCGAGCAGUUGUCGACUCUGCGACUGGACCACAGCGAGCGACCGUAUGAAAACUCCCAGUAG